AUGCGGGAUCCGGAUAAGGUAAAAAGCGGGCCGAUCUGUGACACGUUCGCCGUCAUUGUGUUGGAGGAGAGCGACGAUGAAAACGCCCUUCCCGAUGUUCUACACGAAGUACAAUCACCACACACAUCGGACAUCAUCCCGACGUCUUCAAUCAGAAAAUUCGUGCGGCCACGUGGAUGGUACAACCAAUCAGAAGCGUCUCCACCAGAGUUUUUCUAUCAGAUACUCACUACGGAGAAAGGCGAGAGGAGAAUCGCAUACGUACUUUCGACAUGGGAAGAAGACAAGAAGACAUCAAGUUUCAGAGCAGUCUCCCUUGUGCUCAUCAGUCAGAACUUCCAUCCCAACGCAUUCAAAGAGAUACUUCUAGAAAUAUCCAAUGAUCUCCGCACUCCAGAAUUCUCUUCCUCAUCUGAACUUAUCCGAUUCCUGACCAAUGAACUUAUUGAGGAAGGAUCCACCAUCGAAAUACGAACGAAAACUUUACAUGUCGAAUUAGGAUUUGAAUUGAGCCCCGUGUCGCCAGUGACCGGCAGCGAUGCUGCCAUGUUAUUCAAAAUGCUAGGAUUUCAAAAUGUUGUACAAAUCAUACACGCACUUUUAUCCGAUUGCCGGAUAGUACUAGCCAGUUCUUCCCUAAUGCGGUUAUCUAGAUGUCAAAAUGCCAUACUAUCUCUUCUCUACCCAUUUGUAUAUGUUCACUCAUGCGUCACAAUUCUCCCUGAUUCGCUGGCCGAAGUUUUGGAAUCACCGACGCCGUUUUUGAUAGGAGUCCUUACCGAAUUCGUCACGUCAUUCGGCGAUGAAAACAUUGUGGUUUUCUUGGACAAUGGGACAAUACACAUCCCCGAUCACACUGACAUUUUCAAGUCGGAUGCGUACUAUUACGAUUUACUUCAAUGCAGACUACAUGAUGUGAUGUUCAAGACAACUAGUGAAGAGGAUCUCGCGAUUCCAACCAGCGAAAGGGUAGAUGUGGAUGAGUUCAUACUCGAUAAGAAGCUUCGAGCAUGUUUCAUUCUUUACUUUUCCGAACUUAUGUAUGGAUAUCAAUAUUAUGUUCUGUACACUCGGAUCAAAGGAAACUUCGAAAAGAAGCGCACCACUUCGCUGACAUUUCACGUUGGUGCGUUCCGUGGAUUCCGAAAACUCACGGAUAUGAUGUCAAGUUCGCUUCUCAAAAGUGUCUACUUCCAAACUUUUAUCCAGUCACGAGCACUGCCACGGAGGAAACAUGAUCUAUUCGAUGAAAUUUCAUGUCUUAAAGAGCUUGACCAACUAAUUUACAAGCAAAAGUCAAGCAGUUAUGAGAGCAGGAAGAUCAUUGAGCAGAUAGCGUGUGAGCUUAUUCAAAAGGAGAGAUACAUGGAUAAAUGCUCCAAGAGCAAGCUUCCCCAGGUCUUUACGAAAAUCUAUUGGACAAAAGGCCAACCGUUGACACAGAACACCAAAAACAUCAUUCACACUGUCAAGCCAAAGAUGAGAAGUAAUGUGAUCCUUCAGGCAAUGCUUCCAACUGUGAACACCCAUGUUGAGUAUCAUGCCAAUCAGUUUGAAACCUACGCUCAUCGGAUUGAGGCUCUUCGUAACUGCAUCGGGGAUAUAUUCGAUUCAAAAGCCUCGUUUGCCAGCAAGUCACUAGAUGCUGUCAGGUCCUCUAUGAGAUUCGCGCCUCUUCGGAUUGAGCUCUGCCGAUUACUAAACCAAAGAUCUACCUCACACUUUGUACUGGCUGACAAACAGUUCGACGACAUUGCUCUUCUGAUGAAUGCAGCUCUUCAAACAGAAUGCGAGGAAGACAAAGAUGGAGUUGUGAGGACUCUGAUGUAUCUGUCAAGCGUUUAUAGUAGAAAGCUUGCUCAAGGAAUCCAACAGUACAUGUAUACGGUAUUACAAGAACAUAAGGUGUGGAAGAACCAACGAUUCUGGACGUCAUGUUUCUAUUAUGAAGUUCACGAGAUGUUAUUUUCUGAGAUGUUGAAAAAAGAUAGAAAGCUGACUGAAAGUUUAUGGUGCCACACCCUACGUCCGUGUGCUAUGGAAAUGAUUGACACAGAUGACACAGACCAGGAGGAGUUGGUUAGGCAAGAAAACGAGAUGAUUCAAGCUCAAGCGAAACACUUUCUCAACUUGAUCAUCUGUCUUCAAAUCCCACUCACCGAGGAAUUUUUCGACCAUGAGAACAGCGUCACUGGAAGAAUCAAUGGUUUAUCACUGUCACAGAUCCAGAAUUAUGUUGAAGCGCACGUGGAAAGUCUACGUGAUGUGUACGUCGAACUGGCAACUGGCGAUCAUUUGAAGAAGGACAACUUUGAUCCGAUUCUAGUCUGUCCAAGUGAAUUCUUGCUCUGCGAUCCAAUCGAUUGCUACCUGCUCGCAAACAUGGAACAGUCAUCGAUGUCCAUGGAUUGCCUGGAAAGCUUACUCCCGGCAUCGGGCUCGUUGUUCCUGACCAAUUAUCGUGUGAUUUUCAAGGGAAAGUCUGUUGAUAUCAAUGCAAGCAACGGCACCGUCGUCCAGACUGUUCCUCUGUAUUCUGUGGAAUCUUUGAAAAAGUUGACCUCCAGCAAGAUGCUCAUUCCAACUCAAAUCAUCGAGAAGGGUAUCAAAAUCGAGCAUAUCAUUGCAAUUCGUUCUGCUUGUGCAGCUACAAUUAUUGUUGCUUUCGAUGAAGAGGAAAUCAGUAAUACAUGCAUAGAGAAGUUCUUGGAAUUUAUUGAGACCAACUCACACAACAGCUUUGCCUUCUAUAACAUUCGGAAAGAAGUAAAGGUCGCGGACAACACCAGUCUCAAAUUCUCCACAUUAAAUUCUGCUCUUCGAGGGUUUACCAAAAAGAAAGCGGAUGCCAGAAGAAUCAGAAGUCACUCUUCGCAUCGAGGAUCUAUCCAUAUUAGUUUCGACAAGCUAGGUAGUCUUCACCUUUUUUAUAUAGCCACUAAUAUUAUGAAAAUUUUUCCAGAAGAUUGCGAUCAUCUCAAGAAGAACGCCUACAUUCGCUACGCUGUCAUUGACUAUCCAAGAUUGGGUUUGAAUACAAAAGUGGUUAAGUUAAGAAUGUCGGCUGCCAACGUAGACUACACCAUCUGUCCAAGUUAUCCUGGAAACUUCAUUGUGCCGAGCGAAACCAACGAAUCUGAGAUUGCAAAGGUUGCAAAAGGAUUUGUGGAGCACCGACUGCCGGUUGUUGUAUGGAUGCACAGGAAUGGUGCCCUUCUAAUCAGAGCUAGCGCCUUCACGUCAACUGAUAUGGUGAGGAAAUUGAAAAAAGUGGUGAACUACCGAAGGAACGCACCGAAACUCACUGGAAGUAUGACAGGCAGUCAGCAAACGUUACAUUCAAAGGCUAGCAGCAAUGAGGAGAGUGCAUCAAAUGUGGUGCCAGGCGCUGAGAUUAAAAGUGCGGAGGUUCAGCUGAAUUAUUUUAACAAGCUUGCCAAUUCCUCACAAAAAGUGCUCACAUUCGCCCUUCCAACUCAAUACGCUGACAAAAACAACAUCUUCACAGAUGGCUGCAUGUUAUCCCAUACUAAUGGUUUCUCAAGUCAAGUACACAAUCGAAACUCUGUCACCAUCACAUCGAACGGGUUCCCAACAUCUCGAUAUCAUCGAAAAGCGCUGUAUGUAAUUCUGGAAAAAGGUCAAUCUGUGAAGAUUCCCGCUGAUUCUAAUGCAGAAGCAAUCCAAGUGCGAUCGGUUAAAGAGUCGGAAUUGAGGAGGGCAUACCAUAAGGCUCGUCAUAUAUUCAGCAAAGAGACACAGAAUGAUCCCAAGACUUCUCAUUUAGAGGCCUGGGACUCGUCAAAUUGGCCACAUUUAGUUUCACGAAUGUUGGAACUAUCGAAUGCUAUUGUUGCUCUGAUGAGCUUGUAUAACUCCUCUGUGGCUAUUUGCUUAGAAUCGGGACGAUCCAUCACUACCAUUCUUUCGGCUUUGUCACAAUUACUCUCCGAUCAGUUCUAUCGAACUUGUGAGGGAUUCCGCGUGUUGAUUGAGAAGGAGUGGCUCUCCUUUGGUCACUAUUUUCACAAAGAUGCCGAAAUGUGCUCCCCGUCUUUCAUGUGCUUCAUGGAUUGUGUUUACCAGGUAAGAUUCAAAAGAAGAUUAAUGUGUGAACAAGUAUUUGUUCAGAUUACUCAACAAUAUCCGACAGCAUUCGAGUUCUCCGAGUUCUACAUCAGUUUUGUUGCGUUUCACUCAGCAGCUGGAUAUUACAGAACAUUUGUGGAUGAUUGCGAGGAAAAAAGAAUUCAAUCAGAUGCCAACGAAUUCUACUUACCUGAUGAUCUCUCUACGAUCAGCAUUUGGGAGUCGAUCAAGUUGAGGAAUCGCGUCAGUAAAGUAUUCCUCAACGAGAUGUACGAGCCGUUCAGUGACAUUCUUGUCCCAUCCAGCUCAGUUCCAAAAGUGAGAAUGUGGCCAUUCUUGAUAGAGUCCCAUUCGCGAUAUGGAACUCCGUAUGACAUUGACUCUUCGUACCACGAGAGGAAACUAGUGGAUCCAGAUCUCGAAGAUGACGAAGAAGACUGGACUAACCUCAACAAUAGUGAUGAUCAAGAGCCAAGUAUGAUAGUGUAUAACUAUUCACAACGAGAUCCUGCUCACAUGGAUGUUAUCUCAACGUUGCAAAAGAGCUUCCUAGUUGAUCUGUUUGAUUCGUAUGAAAAGAAGCACGCAGCCGAGGCCAAUCGCAGCUUUUUCAGCAAAGAGACUAUCCAUGAGCUAUCGCCAUUUGUAGCUGGAGCGCGGCCAGUACCAUGUCACUACUGUGCAAAUAUUCUAACAAGGUGGAGUAAAGCCGUUUACUGCAAAAAAUGCCGAAUUCAUGUUCACGAGGGAUGUGUUAAUCGAAACAUCACAAUAAACCACAUUAUACACACAUGGGAUGCCAAACCACUAGAGAACAUCAAGAUGCCGUCGGCGGCGAUUCAAAUCAGCACACCACAAGCUGAAAAGAUCGCGUAUAGUCCAAACACGACGCUAACGAGAGAAUCUAUGUCGCCUGUAUCAUCUAACAAUCUCCCACCACUUUGUAGCGGAUAUUUGUCGAAACGAGGUGCCAAACUGAAGCUUUGGGUACCUCGAUUUUUUGUUUUGUAUCGAGACACGCCAAAAGUCUACUACUACGAAGACUUGGAAAAUUGGAAAAAUGCAGAGAAACCGUCUGGCUCCAUUGAUCUCACCGAAUUCAAAAGCUGUCUUUUGGAGCAAAACGGGAGAAGAGCAUUUAUGGAGCUUCACAUGAAAAACCGAACGUACCGUCUUCUUUCGGAAAACAUGAAUGAGGCUAUUCGCUGGAAAGAUUGCAUCGAGCAAGUGAUUCGAGAAUAG